AUAGGCUGGGUCUGGGGACUUCCACGAGCACCAUAAUUUCUUGCGGGUGAAACCUUCAGCAGAGGGGGGUGUAGAACUCCAUGGUGGGAAGAGCUGUCUGUUAGUGGAGCCGGGCAGGGCUGCAGCUGCAGGCCUGGGCUCUUGGGGAUGGUCACUUCCUCCCCUGAAAGUUUUGGGAAAUCUGCAGCUCUGAGGCAGGCAGCAGGGGGCACGGAUGGAAGAGAUGACGUUUCAGGAUCGCUUUUGCCUUGAAAUUACGGUGGUCGGUGGAGCAUCCCCUUUGAGGGAGGUGGGGCGGGGUCCCUCCGAGCUGCUCCCCUCCCCCUUGUCCCUUCCCCCAUCUCAUAGAGGCCUGGGCAACCAGCCCACCGCCCUGCCCCUCACUGCACCCCUCCACUCUCUCCCUCUCUUUCUCCUGGAGUCUCUCUCCCACCCAGCACCAGACACUCUUCUUGCAGGCCCGGUGGUGGUUUGGAUACGGCAGCCUGGGAUCUUUUCUCUUCGAAGGGCGGGUGGGAGGAGGCUGGAGGGCAGAGGAGGUAUUGGGAGCUUGGUGCUGGGGAGGGGUCCUUGCUGGCAAAGGCCCCAGGCAGACCCUUCCUCAUCUUCUCCCCCUUCCCCAGGGUAACCUCUAACCACGUUUUCCUCCUCCAUGCCCUGCCGACCAGGCCAGGCUCUGAGACCUCCCACUGUCCCCCCACCCACACACACACACACAAACACAUCUGCUCAGUUGUCACAAAGCUGGCGGGGGACCUAGCUUGGGGAGAGGGGAGACCCAAGCACAGGGGAAAAGGGCAGAGGCCAGUGUGCUGGACAGAAGGUGCAGGCCAACCCCUCAGGGCACUGGGGACAGGGAGCUGGUGGAGCCCCAAGCUCCCCUCCCCCUCCUAAAACAGGGCAUGCGCCUGGCUGCUUUGUGCCUGGAGACCCUUGGGUCAAAAUGUCCCCCUGCUGCUGUGAAGGGAGGGCUGGAUAUCCGCACCCACCCACCUGAGCCUCCUGAAGAAUGAGGCUGGAAGUGGGGGAAUGAGAAGUGUCCAAGCCCCUCUAACCACUGGGGCCAACCCCCCCGCCCCCAAGCCGGCACCAAGUCCCAGCCCUCCCCGUCCCCUCGGGGCCAGCUGCUUUGGUGACAGACCAAGCAGGAGCAGAGAAUUCACUACAAACUCUCACCCUGGCCUGUCCGUGGGUUCUGCUAGCAGGGAGGUGAGAGGGAGGCCCCCAGCCAUCCUGGAUGGAGGGACAUCCCCUCUAUAGGCGGAGGAGGGGAGCCUGGCCACACUGUGGAAGUCCAGACCUCCACCGGGUCAGUAAGGGGAGGCUAGGAGUAGGCGGCGCUGGGACGUGACUGGGCAAGGGUGGGCAGGCUAUUGGCGGCCAACGAGAUGCAGUUGAGGUUUUCCUCCUUUUCAGGGAAUGGGGGGGUGGGGCGGGGCCCCCCACCUUUCUGACAUCAGCGCUGCCUUGGUCCCUCCUCCCGAGCCGGGGAUGGUUGCAGUCUUCGUGUGCCCAGGGACUCUGCAGAAGGUGCUGGACCCCACCUCGACACACGAGUCGGAGCACCAGUCUGGCGCAUGGUGCAAGGACCCACUGCAGGCGGGUGACCGCAUCUACGUCAUGCCCUGGAUCCCCUACCGCACGGACACGCUCACCGAGUACGCCUCAUGGGAGGACUACGUAGCGGCGCGCCACACCACCACCUACCGCCUGCCCAACCGUGUGGAUGGCACGGGCUUCGUGGUCUAUGACGGCGCCGUCUUCUACAACAAGGAGCGCACGCGCAACAUCGUCAAGUACGAUCUGCGCACGCGCAUCAAGAGCGGGGAGACGGUCAUCAACACGGCCAAUUACCACGAUACCUCGCCCUACCGCUGGGGGGGCAAGACCGACAUCGACCUGGCCGUGGACGAGAAUGGGCUGUGGGUCAUCUACGCCACCGAGGGCAACAACGGGCGGCUGGUGGUGAGCCAGCUCAACCCCUACACGCUGCGCUUCGAGGGCACGUGGGAGACCGGCUACGACAAGCGCUCAGCAUCCAACGCCUUCAUGGUGUGCGGCGUCCUCUACGUGCUGCGUUCCGUGUAUGUGGAUGACGACAGCGAGGCUGCCGGCAACCGCGUGGACUACGCCUUCAACACCAACGCCAACCGCGAGGAGCCCGUCAGCCUGGCCUUCCCCAACCCCUACCAGUUCGUCUCUUCCGUUGACUAUAACCCUCGUGACAACCAGCUGUAUGUCUGGAACAACUAUUUUGUGGUGCGCUAUAGCCUGGAGUUCGGGCCACCCGACCCCAGUGCUGGCCCAGCCACUUCGCCACCCCUCAGCACGACCACCACGGCCCGGCCCACACCCCUGACCAGCACAGCCUCGCCUGUGGCCACCACCCCGCUCCGCCGGGCGCCCCUCACCACGCACCCUGUGGGUGCCAUCAACCAGCUGGGACCUGACCUACCUCCAGCCACUGCGCCCGCCCCCAGCACCCGGCGGCCCCCCGCCCCCAAUCUGCACGUGUCCCCGGAACUCUUCUGUGAACCUCGAGAGGUGCGGCGGGUCCAGUGGCCGGCCACCCAGCAGGGCAUGCUGGUGGAGAGGCCCUGCCCCAAGGGGACUCGAGGAAUUGCCUCCUUCCAGUGUCUACCAGCCCUGGGGCUCUGGAACCCCCGGGGCCCUGACCUCAGCAACUGCACCUCCCCCUGGGUCAACCAGGUGGCCCAGAAGAUCAAGAGCGGGGAGAACGCAGCCAACAUUGCCAGCGAGCUGGCCCGCCACACCCGGGGCUCCAUCUAUGCGGGUGAUGUGUCCUCCUCUGUGAAGCUGAUGGAGCAACUGCUGGACAUCCUGGAUGCCCAGCUGCAGGCCCUGCGGCCCAUCGAGCGCGAGUCGGCUGGCAAGAACUACAACAAGAUGCACAAGCGAGAGAGAACCUGUAAGGACUACAUCAAGGCCGUGGUGGAGACGGUGGACAACCUGCUGCGACCAGAGGCUCUUGAGUCCUGGAAGGACAUGAAUGCCACCGAGCAGGUGCACACGGCCACCAUGCUCCUGGACGUCCUAGAGGAGGGCGCCUUCCUGCUGGCCGACAAUGUCAGGGAGCCUGCCCGCUUCCUGGCCGCCAAGCAGAAUGUGGUCCUCGAGGUCACAGUCCUGAACACAGAGGGUCAAGUGCAAGAGCUGGUGUUCCCCCAGGAGUACCCGAGCGAGAACUCGAUCCAGCUGUCCGCCAACACCAUCAAGCAAAACAGCCGCAACGGAGUGGUCAAAGUUGUCUUCAUCCUCUACAACAACCUGGGCCUCUUCCUGUCCACCGAGAAUGCCACGGUGAAGUUGGCAGGAGAAGCGGGCGCGGGGGGCCUGGGGGGCGCCUCCCUGGUGGUGAACUCCCAGGUCAUCGCAGCGUCCAUCAACAAGGAGUCCAGCCGAGUUUUCCUCAUGGACCCUGUCAUCUUCACUGUGGCCCACCUGGAGGCCAAGAACCACUUCAACGCUAACUGCUCCUUCUGGAACUACUCGGAGCGCUCCAUGCUGGGCUACUGGUCAACCCAGGGCUGCCGCCUGGUGGAGUCCAACAAGACCCAUACCACGUGUGCCUGCAGCCACCUCACCAACUUCGCCGUGCUCAUGGCUCACCGCGAGAUCUACCAGGGCCGCAUCAACGAGCUACUGCUGUCAGUCAUCACCUGGGUGGGCAUCGUCAUCUCCCUGGUCUGCCUGGCAAUCUGUAUCUCCACUUUCUGCUUCCUGCGGGGACUGCAGACUGACCGAAACACCAUCCACAAGAACCUGUGCAUCAACCUCUUCCUGGCUGAGCUGCUCUUCCUGGUUGGGAUAGACAAGACUCAGUAUGAGAUUGCCUGCCCCAUCUUCGCUGGCUUGCUGCACUACUUCUUCCUGGCCGCCUUCUCCUGGCUGUGCCUGGAGGGCGUGCACCUCUAUCUGCUGCUGGUGGAGGUGUUUGAGAGCGAGUACUCCCGCACCAAGUACUACUACCUGGGCGGGUACUGCUUCCCAGCCCUGGUGGUGGGCAUCGCGGCCGCCAUCGACUACCGCAGCUACGGCACCGAGAAGGCCUGCUGGCUCCGAGUGGACAAUUAUUUCAUUUGGAGCUUCAUUGGGCCCGUCUCCUUUGUUAUCGUGGUGAACCUGGUGUUCCUCAUGGUGACUCUGCACAAGAUGAUCCGGAGCUCAUCCGUGCUCAAGCCCGAUUCCAGUCGCCUCGACAACAUUAAAUCCUGGGCCCUGGGGGCCAUUGCGCUGCUCUUCCUGCUGGGCCUCACCUGGGCUUUCGGCCUCCUCUUCAUCAAUAAGGAGUCGGUGGUCAUGGCCUAUCUCUUCACCACCUUCAACGCCUUCCAGGGGGUCUUCAUCUUCGUCUUUCACUGCGCCUUACAGAAGAAGGUGCAUAAGGAGUACAGCAAGUGCCUGCGUCACUCCUACUGCUGCAUUCGCUCCCCGCCCGGGGGCGCUCACGGCUCACUCAAGACCUCAGCUAUGCGGAGCAACACCCGCUACUACACGGGGACCCAGAGCCGAAUCCGGAGGAUGUGGAACGACACCGUGAGGAAACAGACGGAAUCCUCUUUCAUGGCGGGCGACAUCAACAGCACACCCACCCUGAACCGAGGUACCAUGGGGAACCAUCUGCUGACCAACCCUGUGCUGCAGCCCCGUGGGGGCACCAGCCCCUACAACACUCUCAUUGCCGAGUCAGUGGGCUUCAAUCCUUCCUCACCCGCCGUCUUCAACUCCCCAGGGAGCUACCGGGAACCCAAGCACCCCUUGGGAGGCCGAGAAGCCUGCGGCAUGGACACGCUGCCCCUCAACGGCAACUUCAACAACAGUUACUCCUUGCGAAGCGGGGAUUUCCCUCCAGGGGACGGGGCCCCCGAGCCGCCUCGAGGCCGGAACCUGGCCGACGCUGCCGCCUUUGAGAAGAUGAUCAUCUCGGAGCUGGUGCACAACAACCUUCGGGGUGGCAGCAGCGGAGCCAAGGGCCCUCCACCGCCUGAGCCCCCCGUGCCGCCAGUGCCAGGGGGCAGCGGCGAGGAAGAGGCAGGCGGGCCCGGGGGUGCUGACCGGGCAGAGAUCGAACUUCUCUACAAGGCCCUGGAGGAGCCACUGCUGCUGCCCCGGGCCCAGUCGGUGCUGUACCAGAGCGAUCUGGACGAGUCGGAGAGCUGCACAGCGGAGGACGGGGCCACCAGCCGGCCCCUCUCCUCCCCUCCGGGCCGGGACUCCCUCUACGCCAGCGGGGCCAACCUGCGGGACUCGCCCUCCUACCCGGACAGCAGCCCCGAGGGGCCCAGUGAGGCCCUGCCCCCACCCCCACCUGCACCCCCUGGCCCCCCCGAAAUCUACUACACCUCGCGCCCGCCGGCCCUGGUGGCCCGGAACCCCCUGCAGGGCUACUACCAGGUGCGGCGGCCCAGCCACGAGGGCUACCUGGCGGCCCCAGGCCUCGAGGGGCCAGGGCCCGAUGGGGAUGGGCAGAUGCAACUGGUUACCAGUCUCUGAGGGACCUCACGGACCAGGGGCUGGUGUCCCAGGCCGGGGAUUGAACCCUGGGUAGGGCUUUGGUGGGAGAGGGAGACCGAUGGAGACAGUGGCUGCUGGGCCACUCUCUCCAGGUGCCCCUUGGCCAUGGGCCCUCCAGGCCCCUCGGGGACUCUGCUCUGGGGGCCCGAGGUGCAGGGUUCACAGACAGGGUUUCCCACCAGCCAUGUGCACCAGCUCAAUUUGGGGCAAGUGCAGUGAGGAACCAGGAGGUCCCCAGGGGAGUGAGGAAGGAGAAAUUGGAAGGGUGCAGCCCACUCUUGACUUCCCCCUCCCACCCCCUACUCUUCCUACUCCCUGGAGGGGAGUGAGGGCUCUGGUUUCCCUGGGUCAAAGGCCCUGCUGGAUGGAACCCGUCAGCUGCUCCUCUCUUUGCAGCCUGAGUGCUGCCAGUUGCACCGGGAUGGAGCAGUGGGGACGGGACAGAUGGACAGGUUCCUCUGCACUACAGUUCCCUGCUCCACAGAGACUGGGGCCUCUGGCCGGGGACAGAGCCCUAGCGGGGAGAAAGCCCCAGGGCAAGAGGAAUGGGCGGUUGUGGCUGGUGGUUUAAAGGUGGAACUUUCUCUGAAGCUCCUUCUCUCUGCUCUUCGUCCCAGCCUUCCCAGCAAGCCUGCCCCCCUCAGCCCUCCUUGAGUGCACCCAAUGACCCCCUCCCUUGGGGCGACUCCUGAUGAAGCACAACUCCCCGCAGGGCCCCCAGCCCACAGGGGUGGCCAUAUUUGAGCAGUUCCCAGUCCUGUGGGCUUGGCUAUCUGGGGAGCAGAUUUUGGGUCUGGAUCUCCCUGGGGAGUGGGUCCUGGGCUUGGAUCUUUCCCUAGGGGGCCCUCUUACCCCUUCCCUCUCUCCUCUUCCUCCGUCCCCAUUGCUGUAAAUAUUUAAAAAAAAAGGAAAAGGAAAAAAAAAAAAA